CUAAAGGAAUGGUCGCCCAGUUCCUGCACUGCACCCCCUGACCCCAAGGCACGAGGUGGAGGUGCGGCCUUGCCGCAUGUCCCCGGAGCAGAGGGCAGCACAAUUGUCCCCCUGUACUCCUGAUCCAUGCACAAGAAGAUCCACGCUCCGCAGCGGCCCCCCAAGCCUCCCUGCAACACCCGGUAAUGCAAUCCACGGGGGCGGGGGAGGCGGCGGCAACGGCGGCGGCGGCGGCGGCAGCAGCAGCACUGCCCCAAUCUAGAGACAACCAGAGACGAGGAAAAUGGCUCCGAGCAGGGACCGCCUGCUGCACUUUGGGUUCAAGGCGACAAUGUUCUCAAACAGUGAUGAAGCUGUAAUUAAUAAAAAACUUCCCAAAGAACUCCUAUUACGGAUAUUUUCUUUUCUGGAUGUUGUUACCUUGUGUCGCUGUGCUCAGGUCUCCAGGGCCUGGAAUGUUCUGGCUCUGGAUGGCAGUAACUGGCAGCGAAUUGACCUGUUUGAUUUCCAGAGGGAUAUCGAGGGCCGGGUAGUGGAGAAUAUUUCAAAAAGGUGUGGGGGCUUUUUACGAAAGUUAAGUCUUCGUGGGUGUCUCGGAGUAGGAGACAAUGCAUUAAGGACCUUUGCACAAAACUGUAGGAACAUUGAAGUACUGAAUCUCAAUGGGUGUACAAAGACUACAGAUGCUACAUGUACUAGCCUUAGCAAGUUCUGUUCCAAACUCAGGCACCUUGACUUGGCUUCCUGUACAUCAAUAACAAACAUGUCUCUAAAAGCUCUGAGUGAGGGAUGUCCACUGUUGGAGCAAUUAAACAUUUCCUGGUGUGACCAAGUAACCAAGGAUGGUAUCCAAGCACUAGUGAGAGGCUGUGGAGGUCUUAAAGCCUUAUUCUUAAAAGGCUGCACACAGCUAGAAGAUGAAGCUCUCAAGUACAUAGGUGCACACUGUCCUGAACUGGUGACUUUGAACCUGCAGACUUGCUUACAAGUCACAGAUGAAGGUCUCAUUACUAUAUGCAGAGGGUGCCAUAAGUUACAGUCCCUCUGUGCCUCUGGCUGCUCCAACAUCACAGAUGCCAUCCUGAACGCUUUAGGUCAGAACUGCCCACGACUUAGAAUAUUAGAAGUGGCAAGGUGUUCUCAACUAACAGAUGUAGGCUUUACCACUCUGGCCAGGAAUUGCCAUGAGCUUGAAAAGAUGGACCUGGAAGAGUGUGUUCAGAUAACAGAUAGCACAUUAAUCCAACUUUCUAUACACUGUCCUCGACUUCAAGUAUUGAGUCUGUCUCACUGUGAGCUGAUCACAGACGAUGGAAUUCGUCACUUGGGGAACGGGGCCUGCGCCCAUGACCAGCUGGAGGUGAUUGAACUGGACAACUGCCCCCUAAUUACAGAUGCAUCCCUGGAGCACUUGAAGAGCUGUCACAGCCUUGAGCGGAUAGAACUCUAUGACUGCCAGCAAAUCACACGGGCUGGAAUCAAGAGACUCAGGACCCAUUUACCCAAUAUUAAAGUCCACGCCUACUUCGCACCUGUCACUCCACCCCCAUCAGUAGGGGGCAGCAGACAGCGCUUCUGCAGAUGCUGCAUCAUCCUAUGACAAUGGAGGUGGUCAACCUUGGUGAACUGAGUAUUUAAUGACACUUCUAGAGUUACCAUGGAUCUCCAUUGGAAGCGACCCCAGUGUUCCGGGCAAAGGUUACAAAGUGAGGGCAGUGUCCAGAUCCCCAGAGCCACACAUACAUACGCGUACCCACUCUCACCCCCACCCACUCUGUCUCUGUGACCAGGGGAUUGGGUUUGUGCUGGCUUUAUCAUGUGGAUUGGUAAAACUUAACCAUUCCUGUUGGAUGUGCCCAGAAGAAAAUCAGAAGCAAGGUAGACGGAAGGGGGCAUUCCAGCAGACCCAGUGUUACUGCUACUGUGGUUUCUUUAUUUUGUUAAGGGGUUUCUUUGGCAAUUUUGGAACAGCAGCUGCAGUCCUCCAGGGUCAAGGAAAGCAUAGAAAAACAAUACAUGUUGUAUCCAGGGACCAGAGAGAAGAUUUCUUUGCAUCCUAUAAAUGGUAGCCAUCCAUUGCAAGAUGACUACAGAGCUUCUGUGCUUCCUUGUUCCCAUGCCAACAUGCUGAGCAUGCUCACAAAGAAGGCUUGUCCAUUCCUCCUCCUGUGUUUUAGCAUUUGGCCCAGAGGUUUCCUAAAUGGUUGCAUUGAAAUCGCUGUGGUCCAAAAGUGCUGACUUACUCACUCAAAUUGUCACUUUCUGUAGCACACUGUGAACCUGUCUUUCAUCCUCUGUCGCUCCCUCCUGCACUCUUGCUCAGUCUGUCAUCUGUGCAUAGUCCGCUUACUCACACUCAAUUGUUACUCCUUUGCUGUUGUUAUGUUUACAGUUUGCAUUUUGGAGGAUUAGUUGGGGUUUCCAAACAUUUUUAAAAGAGACAUUAUCAAUAAAUAUUUUUUUAAUUCUAAAUUUUACCAUUAGGGGACCCUGCCUGCAUCUUUGCCAGUCUGAAGGGAAACUAUAACAGAAGCAAGAAAAAUUAUGAGAAGAAAUUGAGCUAAGACUAUUUUGAUGAAAACAAACUUUGCCUUUUCGUUUCUGUUAUAUCUUGUGAUAAAUGAUAAUAUGCAUGAUACGCCCAGUAUUCCCCCUGCACAUGUUUCCUCCCAUCUGACUUAAUAAAGAGGGAGAGAAAUGCAUUAUUAGGAAAGGGUGGAAUGGCAAAUCCCAAAACUGAACCUGCAAGCUGCCGCCACCCAAGCUCAGAUGUGAGCUGUGUAUUCACCGAAAUCUAGGUGCGAUGAGUGGCGUCUAAGAUCUGUGUCUCUGAGGUUUGUUCUGCUUUAGCAGGAAUGCUGCUAGAGGAGUUGUGCCGUUGAGCCGGGUAGUUUCUCUUUUUUCCCCCCAUCUCAACCUAUCAGGGGUUCAAGAAUGACCCUAUCACAGCUGGUCAACUGUAUGUCAGUGUUGAUGGUAUCACAUCUAAUGUUGGAGCCUCAAAGGACCAGAACCUGUCAGCCAUAUCUCUCUUGUGCUCCAAAGUUUCCGUGAAUGAAAUACUACAGGAGCCAGGUGAAGGCAUUGGGGCAGCAGAAAGAGAACAUUGAGAGGAAGUAGGGGGUUCAGUGUCUCUUCCUAGCCUGGUCACCAGAGCUGAGGGCAGGGAGUUUAGUGCCCAUGACUCAGAGUCAAAGAAGAAGCUCCCCC